AUGUCAAGAUCCGGCUACGAUGCCGUCGUCGACGUCGACGAUGAGGGCGACCUAGGCCACACCGACCUCCAAGAAGACCUCGAAUUCCACAACUCCAACUUCUCCGAGACCAACCCGGCGCGCGGCGGCGGCGGCAUCGGCGGCCACAAGUCCCCCUCCCUCCCGCUGCCCGCGACGGCCAACACAUCAUCAUCAUCCUCGCAGCCCGGCGGCGGCGGCAAGCGCAUGCUGUGGACCAUGUCCUUCUACGCGCAGUUCUUCGACGUCGACACCUCGUCCGUGCUGCACCGCUGCUGGGCCGCCCUCUACCCGCGCGCCAAUUUCUUGGAUGUCUUGGAUGGGAAUCCGGACCUGUACGGGCCGUUCUGGAUCGCUACGACUGUGGUGUUGAUCUUGUUUUUGGGGGGGACUAUCAGUGAUUACUCGGCGAGGGAGGGGAGGGGCGAGUUUGCGUAUGACUUUGGGUUGUUGAGUGGCGCCGCUGGGCUGAUAUACGGCUACACGUUCGUCAUCCCCGUCGUGCUGUACCUCGCGCUGCGGUACUUUGGGUCCGAGAGCGCCAACCUGCUCGAGUGCUGGGCGCUGUACGGGUACGGGAACCUGACCUGGAUUCCCGUGGCGCUGAUCAGCUGGUCACCAAUUGCGAUUCUGAACUGGGUGUUUGUCGGCGUUGGGUUCGGCGUGUCGGUGGCAUUCUUGCUCCGGAACCUGUACCCCGUGCUGAGCGCAACCGACCGCCAGACCAGCAAGGUGCUGCUGAUUCUAGUGGUGGCGCUGCACUUUGGGCUGGCAAUUGCUAUCAAGGUGCUUUUCUUUGCGCACGGCAGCCCGGCGCUGAAGGACGGCGGCGAGAAGACAGAUCCGGCGCCGGAGAGGAUGAUGUUCUAG